GCAUAUUUCAACACAGCACUUCUCUUAAACACACCAGUCUCUUUGGAAAAUGACUUCAAACAACACUACAGUCACAGACUGCGGUACAUCACAUUUUAGAUAUCCACUUUUUACUUCUACCUACACCGUUGUGCUGCUGUUUGCGCUGCCGCUGAACUGUGUGUCUCUCUGGAUACUUGUUUGUCGGAAUGGCUUGAAGAAAUCUGUUCCAGUGAUCUACAUGGCUAACCUGGCCUUGUCGGACCUACUUUUCACGCUAUCGCUGCCCUUUCGGAUCAUUUACUUCGCAACAGGUAAAUGGACGCUGGGAAAUACCCUGUGCAUGAUUCCGGGGACCUUGUUCGCCGUCAACAUCUACUCCAGCUCCUUCUUCAUCAUGCUCAUAAGCGUGGACCGCAUGUUGGCCGUGGUGUAUCCAUUAAGAUCUCGCUCUUUGCGUACGGCACCAGUGGCCUGGAUGUUUUGUGCUUUGGUGUGGUUGCUCAUCGCUGGACUCGCCGUGCCAAUCGCUCAAAAUCACCCUGAAAUCAACGACACCGCCUGUAACAUCACACGCUGCUUUGAGAAGUACUCAACUGAUAGUUGGAACAACGGUUUCAAACUCAUCUGCCUUGCCACUUUCUUCGGUAUGUUAGUGCCUUUCUCCAUCAUUCUGGGUUGUACGGUUGCAGUGGUGCGGCAGUUGAGAGGAUACAGCAUGGCAACUUCCUCCUUCAACGCCGAGCUGAGCAAAAGCAAGAUUGUCAAGCUCUUUCUCUCUAAUCUGCUCAUCUACACCAUAUGCUUCAUACCCUUCCAUGUUAUUUACAUCCUCUUCACUCUGGUCAAGCUUGAAAUGUUGCAUAAUGGUAGUCACCUUGAGGUUUACUUUAACCUGCACAACAUUACCCUAUGCUUGGCCAGCACUAACAGCUGUUUAGACCCCUUGAUCUACUACUUCAGCGCAAAGAAUAUACAAAGUCGGAGCAGAUGCGGCUCUGCGUCCAAAACUGUCGGCCUCGGCUUGGUUCAGAGCACGAGUUGGACUGGACAAUAAAGAACCAAAUUAUCAUGUUGAGUGGUUGAGGUAAACAAGCUCAUUGUGUUAGAGGAAAUGGUUACGCAAGAAGAACCAAACCAAAGUAAAAAACAAAAGCUGACUCAUGCGAGAGAGGAGAGCUCAUGUUUAUCAUAUGAAAGCUGAAGAUAAAAAUGUGAGAAACGUUGAUUGACCCAUAGAGGGAUCAAUACCUGCUAAUGUGACAUGAAAUCUUCAAUGUGAUCAGACUGUAGCAGGUUAUUUCGAUGCUGUAUAACCGCUUAUCACUAAGAGCCAAUAGUGUAGCGAUGAUUAUUGCCCAUUGUUGUCGCUUAUCACUUUGACUACUUGACCUUUUGUGAAGCUAUUUGCUGCUUUGUAUCUUCUACUAGCAUUAUCAUGUUUGUCUUUUUUAUAAUUGUAUUAUUGAGGUGUGCAUUUUACUCGUUUCAUAUCAGACAAGAUUGCAAUGACGUUCAGAAUAGCAGCAUUUAUUGCCAUUUACUUGUGUCAUACGUUAUAUUGAAAUAAACAUGCUUAUUUUUGAAUUAUU